CUGAGAUCCACCGGAGAGACCUCUGGCCGACCUUUGUCGCCCUAUGAAGAAGCAUGCCGUUCUGCUGCUGACGAGCGCAGUAGGUGUGGCUGCCGAAACAUGGAACUGUACGGUGGCACAGGAGUCACCUGCACAUCUUCACUUGAACUGCAGCGGGCAACUCUUUGUCCCGAUGCACCACAGCGACAAGCCCCCGGCGUUCACGGAGGUGUGGUUCCUGAUGUGUGGCUGUGCCUUCGGCUGCAUUUUAUGUGCUGCUUUAGCAGCGGGUCUUACGUUGGGUUUGACCUCCAUGGAGGAGUUUGAGUUGAAGGUUCUUUGCAAUCACCUCGUUGAUGAAAUCGAGCCCAACGCCACACCACGAAGUCGGCUGGCCGCGCAAACAAAGCUGGAGCACGACCAGUCUUGUGCAAAGCGCAUUUUGCCACUGAUAUCUGGGACCUUUAUGCAGACCAAUAAAGGCAGCUGGGCUCACGCCGUUGACCCCACCAAUGAGCACUACUUGCUUGUGACCCUCCUUUUGCUCAAUGCCACGGCCAACGAAGCCUUGCCUCUCUUCUUAAACAGGUUGGUUCCAUCCUGGAUGGCCUGCUUACUCUCGGUCACUGUGGUGCUUUUCUUCGGGGAGAUCAUCCCUUCCGCAGUCUUCACUGGGCCGCGGCAGCUGUCCUUGGCCGCAGCAUUGUCUCCGCUGGUCGGCUUCGCGAAGCGGCUUUUUGUGCCCAUUGUGCUGCCGAUCAGCUUGAUGCUUGACAAGGUUCUUGGCCACAACGAGGAUCCCUAUUCCAGAGCUCAGAUAAAAGCUUUGAUCAGGACUGUCCAUUCGCAGGAGAGCAACCUGGAAAUUGAUGAGGCUAAUAUGUUGCAGGGUGUCUUGGAGAUGCACCACAAGAAGGCCCAAGACAUUGCUUCUCCCUUCAAGGAUGCCAAGAUGGUACCUCACGACCAGCUCCUGACGGAAGACUGUGUGAAGGAGAUCAUGGACUGGGGCCAUUCCAGGUUGUUCCUCUACCGCAGAGAUGCGUCAAAUCCCGAGCGACGGGAUGAUAUCAUGGGUGUGGUGUUGGUGAAAAAGCUCAUCGGCAUCGCGGUGGCCGAUCCGCACGGGACCCACGGUCCUGAGUCCAAGUACCGAAUAGGGAAUCUGUUGCAUGCAGUGAAGCGACCUGUGGUUCUCAGCCCAAAUGAGAACCUACUGGCCACUCUCAACAAGUUUCAAAGUGGAACUUGUCACCUAGCCAUGAUCUCGUCCAAGCCAGAGAUUUGCUUGGAAGCCUUGUGCUCUCACGCGACGAUCCCCGAAGACGCCCGGCCGACGAUGUUUUGUUCCUUAGAGGAUGUCAUCGAGGAGAUGCUCAAAGAAGAGAUCUAUGAUGAGGAGGAUCCUGUCAGUGGGCAGGGAGGAUACACGGAACAGAGGGUUCCAUUUGAGGGUUUUUUGUCGCCGUGCAAAACUCUCAUGUGGCCUGAAGCCAUGUCUUUGACGACACUGACAUUAGGAUGUUGGCAUUGAGCUCUGGUGAAAGGAGCUGGAACAUCACCAAUUCUUCUUCACAGAACUGUUCAUUCAUCACUCUGGCACGCCUUGCCACAGAGCUCCUCGCAGGUCGCGGGGGAAUCCCAGAACUCCUCGAAGGUCGCUAGAAUCCUCCAGUGCAAUCCUUGAUUGGAAGCUUGGAGUUUUGGGGACAUGUUGAUCUUGUGGGGCCGAGAGACACUUUUUGCCAGCCCCUAGUAGCUUCUUGCUCCUAGUAGCGUGGCACUUGUUCCUAGUAGCUUCUUGUUACUACUAGUAAGGCACUUGUUACUACUAGCGAUGCACUUGUUACUAACUCUGCGUGCGACCUUUUGGGAUAACUCUUUCCAAACAUGUUUGCUGCAAAAGAUGGAUGAGCUGUGGACAUGUUUGAUCCUCCAUUAUAUAUCCCGAGCUAAUUUACCGUAUACGUCAUGUCUCCAUAUGUGUUCCCAAAAGAGCAGCGCUGCACAGAUGAGAAGGUUCAACUUUGGGAUUUCUGGGAGAGAGUCCCACAGAUUUCGCAAUGUAAACAUGUUUGGGCAGCAUUGAAGUUGCACUGCUUCAAAGUCCCGAGGCACUCCGCCAGAUGUGUAAACUGCAGGGGUUUUUUGAACGCCUGGAUUGUGGGGCGACAAAGCGUUUCAAAGGUCCAAUGCACUCCUCAGCCGUGGAAAACCAGAGACCAAGGGGAUACUGACGGCCAGAGCAUGCCCAGAGCAUUGCUUCGGGACAUCAACUUUAUCAUUGACAUGUUUGACUGAUAUAUAUUACAUGUACUAUAUAUACACAUUACAUUGCAUAGUUCUUUUAAAUGUAAC